AUGGAAAGCCUUCUAGACAAUCCUAUGAAAGCCGUUCUGUACUUGAAGGAAUUGACUACCAUUGUGCAGAACCAGCAGAGUCUCAUACAGACGCAGCGACAGAGAAUUGACGAGCUCGAGCGGAAGGUAGAGGAUUUGAUCGGUGAAAACCGACAGUUGCGAGAACCAAAUCAGUUUUUCCAUCACCAUCAUCCAUCUCCAGGAAGCCCUACGACGCAACCUCCCGUGCACCUUCAGCAGCAGUCGGCCCCCGGGAAAGUGAUUCUUCCAGGUCAGACUUUGCAGCCAGUUUCCUUUCAGUCGCAGCCUCCGCAGCAUCCUGCUCCACCACCACCGACUCUCCAUAAUCCGCAGCACCUGCAAUUGGUGCUAACCUCCCCGCCAUCUCCCAAAACGGGUCAGCCCAGCCCUGCGCAAGAGGACAAACGGAGCCCGUGUUGCACAUCUUUGGUUCCACAGACUCCAUCGACCCUGGGCCGCUCACUGGGGCUUGCGAGGAAGGCCGAGAAUCAGACUGUCUUGCACCAGUUCUGCUGCCCUGCCCCUGAUGCCGUUGAGGUUGACUCUCAGUCCUGUGUUCCCAGUGAGGUUGAAGCACCGCACCCAGAAGGUGCUGUGAGGGAGGCCAGCGCUGCCGUGCAUGAAGGAGACUCUGAGGAGACACAGCAGGAUGUGGGCAGCGCUGUAUUUACAAAAACAGGAGAGGGAAGUGAAGGAGUUGACAUUGAGGUCAAAGAGGAGCAGACCAAGCAGGAGCUGGAGGGGAGUGAGGAGGAGAAGGAGGAGGAUGUAAAGUUGGAUGAAGAUGAGGCAAAGGUGAAUGUGGAAGAGCAGGAGCAGGAGCAGGAGCAGGAGCAGGAGCAGGAGACGCAGCCACACCAGCAGGAAGAUGAAGAAGAGGGGGGAGGAGGCUGUUGGGGUGCAGGGAGAAGAGCCAGUCUGCAUCACACAGCAUCACCCAUACGAGUGCAAAGGAACAGCACCUGCUCCCAUGCUCAAUCUGUGGCUGACUAUGAACUCUCACUUGACCUCAAAAACAAGCAGACUUGA